GCGGCGGGAGGGAGGGAGGGAGGAGCGAUGGCGGCGCCGGGGGAAGCGCUGAGGGCGGCGGUGGCCGCGGUGCUGCUGCUGGGCUGGGGCGCGCACGGGCUCUACUUUCACAUCGGGGAGACGGAGAAGCGCUGCUUCAUCGAGGAGAUCCCCGACGAGACCAUGGUCAUCGGCAAUUACCGGACACAGCUGUGGGACAAACAGUCCGAGGCGUUCCUGCCCUCCACGCCCGGGCUGGGCAUGCACGUAGAGGUCAAGGACCCCGACGGGAAGGUGGUGCUGUCGCGGCAGUACGGCUCCGAGGGGCGCUUCACGUUCACGUCGCACACGCCGGGCGAGCACCAGAUCUGCCUCCACUCCAACUCCACCCGCAUGGCGCUGUUCGCGGGGGGCAAGCUGCGGGUGCACCUGGACAUCCAGGUGGGCGAGCACACCAACAACUACCCCGAGAUCGCGGCCAAGGACAAGCUGACCGAGCUGCAGCUCCGCGCGCGCCAGCUGCUCGACCAGGUGGAGCAGAUCCAGAAGGAGCAGAACUACCAGAGGUACCGAGAGGAGCGGUUCCGCAUGACCUCCGAGAGCACCAACCAGCGCGUGCUCUGGUGGUCCAUCGCCCAGACCGUCAUCCUCAUCCUCACCGGCCUCUGGCAGAUGCGGCACCUCAAGAGCUUCUUCGAGGCCAAGAAACUCGUCUAGCCCCCCAAAACCUCCUGGGGCAGCACCCCCAAAUCUGUUCCUACUCAGGGGGUACCCCAAAAUCCACCCCAAUUCCCAAAAAAUACCCCAAAAUCCAUUCCAAGCUGGGGGUGCCUCAAAAUCCACCCCAACCCCAAAAAAUACCUCAAAACUCAUCACGACUCCACAAAAACACCCCAAAACUCAUCCUCAAUCUGGGUGGUACCCCAAAAUCCACCUCAGUCCCAAAAAUUACCCCAAAACUCAUCCCAACCCCAAAAAACACAUCUAAAUCUACUCCAAUCCCAAAGAACACCCCCAAAAUCUACCCCAAUCCUGGGGUGCCAUGGAUUUGGACACUCCAAAUCCAUUCUGCCCUACUUUGGGGUGCUGGGGAGGGUCCCCCACUCCCUUCUGUGACCCCCAAAUCCAUCCCCCAAAUUUGGGGUGCUGGGGAGGGUCCCCCACUCCCCGCAGAUUUUGGGGUGCCCCCCCUGCCAUGGAGGGGAACAGCAAAGGGCCAUCCCCUGAGGGGGUUUUUUGGGGGGAAAAUAAAGAUUUUUUUGUUCCACCAA